AUCAUUUAGACAUGUGUACGGAAGUAAAGCGAAUGAAGUUUCCAAUGGAAUCACUAACCUCUGAAAGGAACUGAAGUGGCGGGUUACCUCCUUUUGUUGCUAGAUAUCUGCAAUACUUUUUAAAUAUAUAUAUAUAUAUAACAAUGUCUUUAAAAUGAUGACAGCGCUGAAGCACCUCCGAGCAUAGCGUGUUAUGCAGUUUUAUAACGCUAACUAGCUAGACAGGCGAAGAAGUCUUCACAAUGACUGCUAAAGACGUGCUUAAAAAUGCCGCAACUCUCGCUUCAUACAAUGUAUUGCUUCAGGUGAUGUUUCGCGUGCUCACCUUCCUUCUGAAUGCCUUCACCCUCCGCUUUGUAUCCAAGGAGCUGAUCGGUGUGGUUAAUGUCAGGUUGACGCUACUCUACUCAACCGUGGUCUUCCUGUCCAGAGAGGCCUUCCGCAGAGCUUGUUUGAGUGGCAAGGCUGAGCAUAACUGGAGACAGAUCAUCAACUUGUUGUGGCUGGCGGUGCCGCUGGGUGUGCUGUGGGCGUCAGUGCUGGGCUGCGUGUGGCUGUGGCUCCUGGAGGCCCCAGAUCCCCAGGCGAUCCCCCACUAUGGCCCUGCCGUGGGCCUCUUCGCUCUGGCUGCGCUGCAGGAGCUGCUAGCCGAGCCCCUCUGGGUGCUAGCCCAGGCCCACAUGUUCGUGCGCCUCAAGGUGGUGGCAGAGAGCUUGGCGAUGGUGGCGCGGUGUAUGCUGACCAUGGCGCUGGUGGUCUGGGCUCCACAGUGGGGGCUCUACAUCUUCUCCGCGGCACAGCUGGUAUACACAGGGUUCCUGGUGCUGUGCUAUGCUGCAUUCUUCCUGCAUUUCCUGAGCUCUGGGGAGGCAGAGAGACAGUCUUUUCCCCUGUGCCGUGUGGGGGAUUUACUGCCCUCGAGAGUGGGCGGGGAGUCAGUGGUGAACUUGAAACUGGCCAGACUGACCUGGAGCUUCUUCAAGCAGUCCUUUCUCAAGCAGAUCCUCACUGAAGGCGAGCGCUACGUGAUGACUUUCUUGAACGUGCUGAACUUUGGGGACCAGGGAAUUUAUGACAUUGUGAACAACCUGGGCUCCAUGGUGGCUCGGUUUGUUUUCCUGCCUAUUGAGGAGAGCUUCUAUGUCUUCUUCGCCAAGGUGCUGGAGAGAGGGAGGGAGGUCCGGCAGCAAAGGCAGGAGGAGGUUGCCACGGCAGCUGAGGUGUUGGAAUGUCUGCUGAAAUUUGUGCUAGUGGUUGGCCUGAUCAUCACCGUGUUUGGAUACGCCUACUCUUACCUGGCACUGGACUUGUAUGGGGGGUCUCUGCUGAGCAGCGGAACAGGUCCCACCCUCCUGCGCUGGUACAGUGGGUAUGUUCUCCUGCUUGCUGUGAAUGGAGUGACAGAGUGCUUCACCUUUGCUGCCAUGAGUAAAGAGGAGGUAGACAGGUAUAACCUGGUGAUGCUGGGGCUGUCCGUGUCCUUCCUCUUCCUGUCCUACUACCUGACAUGGUGGCUCGGCAGCGUCGGCUUCAUCCUGGCCAACUGCCUGAACAUGGGCCUGCGCAUCGGCCACAGCCUACUCUUCAUCCACCGCUACUUCCUGCGCAGCCCCUGGGCGCCGCUGCGCGGCCUAUGCCCCUCCCCCUCCGUGCUGCUCGCCCUCGGCCUCAGCGCCGCCCUCACCGCCCUCUCGGAGGCCGUGUUCUGCUGCGACGGCGGCUGGCUCUUCAGGGCGGCUCACGUGGCGGUGGGCGGGGUCUGCCUGCUGGCCGUGCUGGCCACCGUCCUCUACGCGGAGACCCGGCUCGUUCACUUCGUCCGAACGCAGCUGCUGUCUCGCUACACCAAGAAAGAGACCUAGGGGACAGACUUCCUGAGGAACCCGGGCCACAUGGAGGGUUUUAGAUUAAAGACUCGUAGGGCCCUUGCGGAUCAAAGGACGCCAAGCACAGCAGCGGUCUGCCACCUCCGAAUGUCCCUGUGCUCACCUUUUCACACGAGAGACCAAAGGGCUGAUGGGAGACUCUCUGAGUAGAGCCUGUAAGAAUGGAUGGAGGAGAUUCCUCUAGGAGUUCUGCUGUUACAGACAGCUGCCCCAGGCAGAAUCCUCUGUCCAUGUCUCCCCUGCAACAUAAGCAGGCCUGGACCACUGUAAUUCUUGCACUGAUUAAGACAGAGCUUAAAGGUUACUGUACCGAAUGGAUACGUGGUGUUGUAUUUGGACCACUGAAUAGAUUGUAUUAUCUAUUAACUGUAUAUUUUUAUUCAGUAAAUGUGAAUUGAUACCAAUGAAA